AUGACGACAGUGCCCGAGAAGGCUCCGCAGCCGCCGCACAGCGGCGGCGGCGGCGGCGGCGGCGGCGCCAAAGCCAAGAAGACCAACGCGGGCAUCCGACGGCCGGAGAAGCCGCCCUACUCGUACAUCGCGCUCAUCGUGAUGGCCAUCCAGAGCUCGCCGUCCAAGCGCCUGACGCUGAGCGAGAUCUACCAGUUCCUGCAGAGCCGCUUCCCCUUCUUCCGCGGCUCCUACCAGGGCUGGAAGAACUCGGUGCGCCACAACCUCUCGCUCAACGAGUGCUUCAUCAAGCUGCCCAAGGGGCUGGGCCGGCCCGGCAAGGGCCACUACUGGACCAUCGACCCGGCCAGCGAGUUCAUGUUCGAGGAGGGCUCCUUCCGACGGCGCCCGCGCGGCUUCAGGCGGAAGUGCCAGGCGCUCAAGCCCAUGUACAGCAUGAUGAACCUGAACUUCAACCACCUCCAGGACAGCUACGGCUUCCAGGGCCCGUCCUGCGCGCCCAGCAGCCUCCCGCUGGACGGCGGCGCCCUGGGCAUGAUGAACGUCGAGGGGAUGGGGCUGGCGGGCCACUCCGUCCCGCACCUGCCGGGCAACGGCGGGCACCACUCGUACAUGGGCAGCUGCGGCGCGGCCGCCGGGGGCAGCUCGGCCGGAGCGGACUACGCGCACCACGACGGCUCCGUGCCCGCCUCGCCCCUGCUGCCCGGCGGCGGCGUGAUGGAGCCGCACUCGGUCUACUCGCCCGCGGCCCCGCCGGCCUGGGCGCCCGCGGCCGCGCCGGGCCUGAACGGUGGCGGCUCCUACAUCAAGCAGCAGCCGCUGUCGCCCUGCAACGCGGCCGGCAACCCGCUCGCCUCGGGCCUCUCCUCGCACGCGCUGGAGCCGCACUACCAGCACCAGGGCGGCCACAACCCGGCGGAGCUGCAAGGAAUCCGGUACCAUUCCCAGUCUCCAAGCAUGUGCGACCGGAAAGAAUUUGUCUUCUCCAUCAACGCCAUGGCAUCAUCUUCAAUGCAUUCAGGAGGCAGUGGCUCGUACUACCACCAGCAAGUUACGUACCAAGACAUCAAACCAUGUGUGAUGUGACAAUAGGGUUGGGGAGACAAACUUUCUUUGGUGGGAGGGGAGGGUAACUAGACCCUAAAGACCCAAGUGAAAACUAUGAAGGGCUAUGGGAGCCCAAGGACCUCCCCAGAAGCUAGACUGAUAGUUGUUCAUGAGGUAUAUCCAUAUUCAAGACAUCUACAGAAAGGAACUUUCUGGCCUUGUGCAAAAUGAAGAGGAGCGUGAAGCCAUAAAGUGUGCCAAGGUGGGGGAAAGAAGCAUCAUACACGAACACGAAGUACUCUGCCAGUCUUCAUCUUGGGUCUCCAUCCAUUCUGAAUUGUGAUCUUGUAACAUUUCCAGGAAUCCCUUGGGGGUCUCCCCACCCCCCACACCUCCGGGGUUCAAAUCACCUCGGCUUUUAUUAGAUACCUCCAGCCCCGAAUUCCAGUGUGCCAUUUACCCAAUUUAAAUGAUCCUUUCCCAGAAUGGAUUCCAAAAUCUGAGAGACCAGGAUCUGCCGUGCACAGAGGGAACCAAGCGACCCCACUAAUCCUGACGGGGACGGCAGUCCAUGGCGGUCAGUUUCCUGAGAUAGCUGUUCUUCUGUCUGAACUCCUGAUUCAACAAUGGGAACUAGCCUUUGAGUCUUCAAUUCUCUUCUCAUGUUUGGGACUGAAUAUAAAAUAUACCCAAUUCUUUGUAUGUUUUACCUCUGAUUCAGGGCAAUAGAAGGUAACAAAUCCCGUGAACGCAGAGAUGUUCUCUCCAUACCUUCUUUCCAAAAGUGUAAUUGUGUGUUGCGCUUCCAAAGUUCUCUGUACCUUCAGGAGUUGGUGGGAAUUGACCAGAAGAAUGAGAUGGCGCGCACCAAAGACUGGAAUAGAAGUGAGGGUAUGGGUCCACCAGGCUCCGUUCAAUGGUCUUUGACCGUGCCCAGGCCUAUUUUAAAUAUUAAGUCCAAAAUGACAAAGAAAAGCACUUUGAGAAAUAAAGGUUAGACAUGGAAAGAUGAACAAGGCUCAUGCUUUUAUUUAUUCAAACUUUUUUUUAAUAAAACACAACAGCAGCCUUGGUCGCUCAGUAUUAAAAUAGUUACUGUAUUGGCAACAUUUGCCGUAGACUUUGAGUAUGUGUUAAAUAGCCAUUGCAAAUGUCAAACAUCCGUGUGGCAAAGCAAUUUUCCCAAUGUUUUAUAUAUAAUUAUAUAUAAAUAUAAAUAUAAAUACAAAUGAAGGAUGUUUUUGUCUUUUCAUUGUUUUCUUGGGCCUGACUAUACAGUUUGGGCAACACACCUAUUUUAAAUUUCAUUCUGCACUGUAUAAAAGUGUAAGUGUGGCAGAAAGAUCUAUUUUUGUGUACGUUUGUCCUUUGAAGAAGAAAUGGAACACAAGUAAUAAUAAAAUGUAUGGUAUUCGUACAUGGCCUUCACGAAUUGUAUAAACCAUCCAUCAAUAAACCAGCG